AUGACAUCGGUCGAUCGUCAGUCUUCUCCUCACCCUGGAUUGGACUUUAUCGAAGAUGAUAUUCCUCCAACCGUUUAUCAAUACGAUGAAUCACCAUCAAACAAAUCUUGGGCAUGCACUUUACCACUCAAGCAAGGCCUUUAUGACCCAGAAUACGAAAAAGACGCUUGUGGUGUCGGCUUUGCCGCAAACAUCAAGGGAGUUAAAUCUCACAAGAUUGUUUCCGAUGCCCGCCAUUUGCUUUGCAAUAUGACCCACAGAGGGGCUGUCGGCGCUGACUCCAGAGACGGUGAUGGUGCUGGGGUAAUGACUUCUAUCCCUACCAAACUUCUCAGAAAAGAAUUCAAAUAUUAUUUCAAUAUCGAUAUCCCUGUCGACGGCCAGUUCGCUACCGGUAACUUCUUUUUCAAAAAAGACGAAGAAAUCCUUGAUAGAUCUAAGAAAGUAUUUGAACAACUUGCCAACUCAUUAGGACUCAGAAUCUUGGGCUGGAGACCAGUGCCUCACGAUUCUUCGAUCCUUGGUCCUGCCUCGUUGUCGCGUGAACCUUUGAUCUUACAACCAAUCGUUGUCCUUGCCACUUCCAUUGUCAAUGGAGAAGUGGUCAAUAUGGAUCUCGCCGACUUCGCCGCCACCUUCGCCAAAGAUUUUGAAACUAAAUUAUACUUGUUGCGUAAACAGUCAUCAUCGAUCAUUGGCUUACAAAAUUGGUUUUACAUUUGUUCGUUGUCGACAAAAUCUAUCGUUUAUAAAGGUCAAUUAUCACCAGUCCAAGUUUAUAAUUACUACAUGGAUUUGCUUAAUGUCGAUUACGAAGCCCAUUUCGCCCUUGUCCAUUCUAGAUUCUCUACAAACACUUUCCCAUCCUGGGAUAGAGCUCAGCCUUUAAGAAUGGCCGCACACAAUGGGGAAAUCAAUACCCUUAGAGGUAACAAGAAUUGGAUGCGUGCCAAAGAAGGGGUGAUGAAAUCUUCGAAAUUCGGCGACGACCUUGAAAAAUUAUUCCCAAUUAUCGAAGAAGGCGGUUCCGACUCGGCUGCCUUGGAUAACGUCCUUGAACUAUUGGUGAUGAAUGGGGUCUUGACAUUGCCUGAAGCAAUCAUGUUGCUUGUCCCUGAAGCUUGGCAAAACAAUACCUCGAUGGACCCACACAAAAGAGCCUUUUAUGAAUGGGCUGCCUGUCUUAUGGAGCCUUGGGAUGGGCCAGCAUUGUUCACAUUCUCUGACGGUCGGUACUGUGGUGCUAACUUGGAUCGUAAUGGUUUGAGACCAUGUCGUUAUUACGUCACUGACGAUGAUCGGAUCAUUGUGGCCUCUGAAGUUGGGGUCAUUCCAAUCGAGGCCGAAAAAGUCGUCACCAAGGGAAGAUUGAAGCCUGGAAGAAUGUUGCUCGUUGAUACUGAAGAAGGUCGUAUUGUUGAUGACCACGAAUUGAAACAAAAAGUCGCCACCAGAUUUGAUUUCAAGUCCUGGCUCGUAGCGCACUUGAUCACCAUGGAAGAUUUAGUUUCCAAAUUGUCAGCCAGAGACAUCAGUAUCACCGACUCCACCUCGGCUAUCGAUUUCGGUAAAAGCAUCACUUCUGAUGCUCGUCUCAAAUGCUUCAAUUAUACUUUUGAACAACUUGGUCUCUUGCUCGUGCCAAUGGCUACCGGUGGUAAAGAACCUCUUGGAUCUAUGGGUAAUGAUGGGCCAUUAGCCUGUUUAGCCGACCAGCCAAGGUUGAUGUAUGAAUAUUUCCGUGAAUUGUUUGCUCAAGUCACCAAUCCACCAAUCGACCCAAUUCGUGAAAGUAUUGUCAUGUCCCUUGAAUGUUAUGUCGGUCCUCAAGGAAACAUUCUUGAAAUGACUGCUGGCCAAACUAACAGACUCCAUCUCAAAUCUCCUAUCUUGACAUUGCCACAGUUCUCUGCCAUUCAAAACAUUCACAAUGUGUAUCCAAAAUGGAAAGCCCAUACCAUUGAUAUUACCUUCCCAAAGUCCGAUGGUUUGUUAGGUUAUGCUCAUGCGUUAGAUAAAAUCUGCCAAGCUGCCAGUGAUGCUAUUGUCGAUUCUGCUUCGGUGCUUGUUCUUUCUGACCGUGCUACCAGUGCGUCUCGUGUCCCAAUUUCUGCCCUUGUGGCUUGUGGGGCGGUCCACCAUCACUUAGUUCGUCAAAAGCAAAGAUCUAAGGUUGCCAUUAUCAUUGAAUCUGCCGAAGUCAAGGAAGUUCAUCACAUGUGUGUUCUUUUGGGUUACGGUGCCGAUGCCAUUAAUCCUUAUCUUGCCAUUGAAACUCUCUUGAGAAUGAACCACCAAGGGUUGAUCCGUGAAGAAAACAUUAGCGACGAGAAAUUGAUUGACAAUUAUAUCCAUUCCAUCGACGGUGGGAUCUUGAAAGUUAUGUCCAAGAUGGGGAUUUCCACUUUGGCAUCUUACAAAGGUGCCCAAAUUUUUGAAGCUUUAGGGGUUGAUAAUUCGGUCAUUGAUAAAUGUUUCAACGGUACUGCCUCAAGAAUUAAAGGGGUGACUUUUGAAUAUAUUGCCCAAGAUGCCUUCACCUUGCACGAAAGAGCAUAUCCUACUCGUGAUACCGUCAAAAAUGAACAAUUGGUGGAAACUGGGGAAUAUCACUGGAGAGAUGGCGGGGAUCCCCACGUCAACGAGCCAGCAGCAAUUGCCAAUAUUCAAGACGCGGUGCGUAACAAGAAUGAAAGAGCUUAUGCCGCAUAUUCUAAGAAAGAAUACGAUGCCAUCAAAAACUGUACUUUGCGUGGGUUGCUUGAUUUCGAUUUCUCCGGCAACAAGCCGGUGCCAAUUGAGCAAGUUGAACCAUGGACAGAAAUUGUUCGUAGAUUCUGUACCGGGGCAAUGUCUUAUGGUUCUAUUUCUCUUGAAGCCCAUUCGACUCUUGCGGUUGCCAUGAAUAGACUUGGGGGUAAAUCCAACACUGGUGAAGGUGGGGAAGAUGCUGAAAGAUCGGAGGUUUUUGCCAAUGGUGAUACUAUGAGAUCGGCGAUUAAGCAAGUUGCCAGUGGUAGAUUCGGGGUCACUUCAUACUAUUUGUCCGAUGCCGAUGAAUUGCAAAUUAAAAUGGCUCAAGGUGCUAAGCCUGGUGAAGGUGGUGAGUUACCAGGGUUCAAAGUUUCCGAGUCGAUUGCCAGAUCUCGUCAUUCUACUCCAGGGGUCGGGUUAGUGAGUCCUCCUCCUCAUCAUGACAUCUACUCCAUUGAAGAUUUGAAACAAUUGAUUUACGACUUGAAGUGUGCUAAUCCAAGAGCCCGUGUUUCUGUCAAGUUGGUCAGUGAAGUUGGGGUGGGGAUUGUUGCUUCCGGGGUGGCCAAGGCUAAAGCCGACCAUGUGCUUGUUUCUGGUCAUGAUGGUGGUACCGGUGCCAGUAGAUGGACCGGUAUCAAGUACGCUGGUUUGCCUUGGGAAUUGGGGCUUGCUGAAACCCACCAAACUCUUGUUCUUAAUGACUUGCGUGGUAGGGUGGUUGUGCAAACCGAUGGUCAAUUGAAAACCGGUCGUGAUGUAGCAAUUGCUUGUUUGAUGGGUGCCGAAGAAUGGGGGUUUGCUACCGCACCAUUGAUCGCCAUGGGUUGUAUUAUGAUGAGAAAAUGUCAUAAAGAUUCUUGUCCUGUGGGGAUUGCCACCCAAGACCCUGAAUUGCGUGCCAAAUUUGCCGGAACUCCAGAACACGUUAUCAAUUUCUUCUACUAUGUCGCGGAUGAAUUGCGUCAAAUUAUGGCCAAGCUUGGUUUCAGAACCAUCAAUGAAAUGGUGGGGCACACCGAAUGUUUGCGUGUAAGAGAUGAUUUGAGAACCACUAAGAGUGCCAACAUUGACUUAUCUCCAAUCUUGACUCCUGCCCAUACUAUCAGACCAGGGGUUGCUACUUAUUGUGUUAGAAAGCAAGAUCAUAGAUUGCACACUAGAGUGGAUAACAAAUUUGUCGAUGAAGCUGAAGUUACCCUUGAUAAAGGAUUGCCAGUGACCAUUGAUGCUGAAGUUGUGAACACCGAUCGUGCUGUCGGUACCACUUUAUCGUACCGUGUCUCCAAGAAGUAUGGGGAAGCUGGUUUGCCACACGAUACUAUCCAUGUUAACAUUAAGGGUAGUGCUGGUCAAUCGUUUGGUGCGUACUUGGCUCCAGGUAUCACUUUGGAAUUGGAAGGUGAUAGUAACGAUUACGUUGGGAAAGGUUUGUCUGGUGGUAGAUUGAUUGUUUACCCACCUAAGUCCUCGUCUUUUAGAGCCGAGGAAAACAUUUUAAUCGGUAACACUUGUCUCUACGGUGCCACUUCUGGGGCUGCGUACUUUAGAGGGAUUGCCGCCGAAAGAUUUGCGGUGCGUAAUUCUGGGGCCACUGCGGUGGUUGAAGGGACCGGUGAUCAUGGAUGUGAGUACAUGACUGGUGGGAGAGUGGUUGUCCUUGGUAAAGUUGGGAGAAAUUUUGCUGCUGGUAUGAGCGGUGGUAUCGCUUAUGUGUUAGAUGUCGCCCAAGAAUUGGCUGGACAAGUGAAUGGUGAAUCCGUGGAAUUGAGCGCUGUGGAAGAUCCUGCAGAAAUUGCGUUCUUGCGUGGUUUAAUUGAAGAGCACCUGCACUAUACCGGAUCCGAAUUGGCAGCGAAGAUCUUGAAAGAUUUCAACCGGGUUUUACCAAAGUUUGUGAAAGUGUUGCCAACCGAUUACAAGAAGGUGCUUGAAGCUGAAAAGGCCAACCUUUUGGCGUUGAAGAAUCCACAAUCCGUCAAUUUGCAAAAUUUGCUCAAAUCGGAUCCUGCUAGCGAUAUCACCAAUGGUGAAGUGCUUAAAAACCUUUCAUUGAAGACCACUUCUUAUAGAUCGGCUGCCAAAGAACCGGUGGUUGAUGAUUUAGAAGAUACUAUCUUUGACACCACCAAUGAGAAGAAAAAAGUUGAAAAAUUGGAUAAAGUUAAGGGAUUCAUGAAGUACAAGAGAAAGAAUUGGAAGUACAGACCUACUACUGAAAGAAUCAAGGAUUGGAAAGAGAUGAACCAUUCCAUGAACAAGGAAGAAUUGGCAGAGCAAUCUGCAAGAUGUAUGGAUUGUGGGGUGCCAUUCUGUCAAAGUGAUACCGGUUGUCCUAUUUCCAACAUCAUUCCUAAAUGGAAUGAAUUAGUUUUCCAAGAUAGAUGGUAUGAUGCUUUGCAAAGAUUGUUGAUGACCAAUAAUUUCCCAGAGUUUACUUCCCGUGUUUGUCCUGCUCCAUGUGAAGGUGCUUGUGUUGCCGGGAUCAUUGGUGAUCCUGUUGGAAUCAAAUCGAUUGAACGUGCCAUUAUCGAUAAAGGUUUUGCCAAUGGUUGGAUCAAACCAGUUCCUCCAACCACCAGAACUGGUAAAUCUGUGGCGGUUGUUGGGUCUGGUCCAGCUGGGUUAGCCUGUGCCGAUCAAUUGAACAAGUCUGGGCAUAAGGUGACGGUGUAUGAAAGAUCUGACAGACCGGGUGGUUUGCUCAUGUACGGUAUUCCAAACAUGAAAUUGGAUAAAUCGGUGGUGAAACGUCGUACCGAUUUGUUAGCUGCCGAAGGGGUGGAAUUCGUUUGUAAUGUGACUGUGGGAGAAGAAAUUAGUGUCGAACAAUUGAACGCCGAUAAUGAUGCGGUGGUGUUUGCGGUGGGUUCGACGAUUGCCAGAGACUUGAAGAUUCCUGGGCGUGAAUUGAAUAACAUUGAUUAUGCCAUGAAAUUGUUACACAUGAACACCAAGGCGUUAUUGGAAGAGAAUCUCGAAGAAGUUCGUCAACGCUUGGAGGGGAAGAAUGUCGUGGUGAUUGGUGGUGGGGAUACCGGUAACGAUUGUUUGGGUACCGCCACUAGACACGGUGCUAAAUCGGUGACCAACUUUGAAUUGUUGCCACACCCAUCGGAAAAGAGAAGCAAAGAUAAUCCAUGGCCACAAUGGCCAAGAAUCUUCAGGGUUGAUUAUGGUCAUUCUGAAGUUUCCGACAAGUACGGGAAAGAUCCUCGUGAAUACUGUGUAUUGUCCAAAGAGUUUGUCGGGGACGACGAAGGUAAUGUCAAAGGAAUCAAGACUGUGAGAGUUGAAUGGAAGAAAGCCGAAGGUAGUGGAGCUUGGCAAAUGGCGGAAGUUCCAGGGAGCGAAGAAUUCUUCCCGGCUGACGUUGUGUUGUUGUCGAUGGGGUUCAUUGGACCAGAAAUUGACAAGUUGAGCGAUUCAUUGCCAAGAUCUAAGAGAGGGAAUAUCGAUACUGUGAGUCCAGCAGGUUAUAAGGUCGAUGGGGAAUCGAAGAUGUUUGCUGCUGGGGACUGUCGCCGUGGUCAGUCUUUGAUUGUCUGGGGUAUUCAAGAAGGUAGACAAUGUGCCAGAGAAGUCGACGAGUUUUUGGAAGGUAAUACUGCAUUGCCUGGUAAUGGGUCAAUUGAAAGAAGAAACUACAAGUUACUUGAAGAAUUGGCAGCCCAAGCUUGA